GGUUCAUCGUUCAGCUUUGCUUUCGUGAUGAUCCUAACCUUCUCGGUGAGUCGCGAGGCCUUGCUAUACGGCAAUUCCUCGCAUUAGAACGUAAGUUCGACAAAAACCCAGAAAUGCGCAUUGCCUAUCGAGAAAUCAUUGAAGAUCAGAAGCGCCGACAAUGGAUUGAGCCAGUCCGUAAUGACCCUCAGGGCGGUCCUGGAUAUUACAUGCCUCAUCACGGAGUGCUCAAGGAAUCAUCAGCGACCACGAAGUGGAGGAUGGUGUACAAUGCAAGUGCCAAGACCUCCACAGGAUAUAGCCUCAACGAUUUGCUUCGCAUCGGUCCCGUGGUACAACCUGAUCUCAUUAGGAUUCUGCUCGGCUUCAGGCAACAUCAAUACGCCAUGACUGCGGAUAUAAGCAAAAUGUAUCCACAGCUCAUGAUGCAUCCCAUUCAUCUCAAAUACCAACAGUUUGUGUGGCGUGACGACAAAUCACAACCUAUCCAAGACUUCAGGUUCACACGUGUGUGUUUCGGAGUUGCGUCGUCACCCUUCUUGGCCACCAGGGCGCUACUCCAACUAGCUAAUGAACAUCAAGACACGCAUCCAUUAGCGGCCGAGGCGCUCCGGAAGGCAUUCUAUGUGGAUGAUUGUAUUCUCUCAGUCGAGACUCUUUCUAAAGCAUUGGAGGUGCAAUCACAGCUUAUCGACCUCUUGAAGCGGGGUGGAUUUCUACUCACCAAGUGGACAGCAAAUCAUCCCUCACUACAACCGACUGACUCCAAUGAAACGGAUGCGGUACACAUCACCGAUCCUACCACAAGUGCGUUGGGAUUAAUGUGGUAUUCCAACGCAGACACAUUCACAUUUCAAUCCCCGAUUUCAAUGGAUGAAGAGAAUAAAACCAAGAGGGAAAUUUUGUCCGCAAUUGCCCGAUUAUUCGAUCCACUAGGACUAAUCGGACCAGUAGUCAUAGAAGCCAAGAUCUUGAUGCAAGAGGCACACAAACUGAAGCAAGGUUGGGACGAUGUUAUACCAACGGAUCUAGCACUACGAUGGGAGGCGUUCGUAGUGAAUCUUCAACACAUUAAUCAAAUAUCGGUUCCUCGUUGGGUGUCAAGCAUUGCGUCGCCAGUUAGUGUGGAACUACAUGCCUUUUCGGAUGCUAGUCAGCGGGCUUACGGGGCAGCGGUGUACAUCAUUACCAGAGAUUCAGUGGGCACAGUCUGUUCACGACUUCUUGUCGCAAAAUCUCGUGUUGCUCCCAUCAAGGCGCUAACCAUCCCAAAGUUGGAACUGACUGGAGCAGUCGUAGCUGCAGAAUUGAUGGAUAGCGUGCGUCAAAUAUACAAGCCCGAUGCUGUGCAUCUAUGGACCGAUUCCACAAUUGUCUUAUACUGGAUUAAUGGCAAUCCAGAACACUUCAAGGUGUUUGUGAGUAAUCGCAUCCGGAAAAUAUUGCAAGUCUCAGCACCUUUUCAAUGGCGCCAUGUUCCCACCGAAUGCAAUCCAGCUGACCUCAUUUCACGUGGGGUAACCCCUCAACAAUUGCAGCAAUCUACACUUUGGUGGAAUGGACCGGCAUGGCUGAUCCAAUCACAAACUGCUUGGCCACCGGAAUUCCAACCGACAAGUGGCGACAAUCCUCACGCCGUAGUGAUGCUGGAGGUUGCAAACUCAACGAGCGAUGACGAAGAGCCUGAGUCGCUAUUAUCAUCAUUAUUAUCUCGUCAUUCCUCCAUAUCCAAAAUACAGUCCAUUAUUGCUCUUUGCUUAAGAUUCAUGACACCUAGGGAGCAUCGGAGACAAGGUGUCAUCUCUGCGUUGGAACACAAGAAUGCACUAGAUCGAAUCAUCUACAUGAGUCAGCGAGAACAUCUUGCAGGAGUCUCAGAGAAUAUUCUUCGUCGAGGCAGAAUUACCAUCAAGCAAUGGAAGACAUUGAAUUCUCUGACACCAUUCGUUGAUCCGAAGGGAUUGAUCCGCGUCGGAGGUCGCUUAGAGAAUGCCGAUAUUCCGUACCAAGCGAAACAUCCCAUUCUACUACCAAAAUCUAAGCUAUCCGAACUUAUUGUUCAACAAGAACACCUCCGACUACUCCAUGCGGGCCCAAAUCUGUUGCUAGCUACUUUGAGGCAACGAGUUUGGCCGUUGGAUGGCAGAAAUCUAACUCGUAAAAUUGUGCAUUCCUGUGUGCGUUGUUCUCGCGCAAAUCCGCGCCCUUUACAUCAACUCAUGGGCGAUCUCCCAAGUCCACGAGUAAAUUUCGAAUCUGCAUUUCAUGCUGUUGGCAUCGAUUUUGCAGGACCCAUUUACUAUCGCCCUGCCAUACCCCGGGGAGCGAUCGCACGGAAGCUGGGUCUCAUCAAGGCAUACAUAGCUGUCUUCGUGUGUAUGUCAACAAAGGCAGUUCAUCUUGAGGUCGUUACCAACCUCUCGACGGAAGCUUUCAUUGCAGCUUUCCGCCGAUUCGCUGCCAGGAAGACAACUCCAAGCCACGUAUACUCUGAUGGUGCGACAAAUUUUCAAGGGGCGGCUCGCGAACUAAUUACACUUCUUGAUCAGGAGCAUGCUCAAAGAGAAAUCAUCGAGGCCACCCGAGCAGAAGGCACUACGUGGCAUUUCAUCCCUGCUCGCUCACCACAUUUUGGAGGUCUUUGGGAAGCAUGCGUUAAGUCCGUGAAGUACCAUUUGGCUAGAGUAUUGCAGCAUAGCAACUUCACCUUUGAGGAACUUAACACGAUCCUGUGCCAGAUAGAAGCCAUCUUGAAUAAUCGACCCAUCUCUCGCAUGUCCGACGAUCCCAACGAAAAUGACUUCCUGACCCCCCGUCAUUUGUUGGGGAACCUCCAGGCUCGGUGUCCACCGGACCCAGAUCUAACACAGCUUCCUGAGAACCGACUGGACUUAUGGCAACUCUGUCAACAAAGAGCUCAACUGUUCGGGAAGAAGUUUCGUCUGCAUUAUCUCAACAUUCUUCAACAGCGUUCAAAGUGGACGUUCAGUCAACGCAAUGUCAGUCUUGGAGAAAUUGUCUUGUUCCUAGACGAGACUAAACCUGGACAUAAAUGGGUGUUAGGAGAAGUUGUUGCUCUACAUCCGGGACGCGAUGGAAGAGUUCGAGUGGUAAACAUUAGAACCCGAGAUGGUGUGUACAACCGUGCAAUCACGAAAUGUAACGUUUGAAAAAAUCCGCGCAGAAAAUUUUUAAAUAAUUCCCCCAAAUGCAGCGCGGACGGUCGAAAUGGGAAUAUUAUAUUAAUUGCCCCGUGGGCAUUUCUUCUGCCUUUGCAGAGAUCAAGCAGUAUGUGCCCAGCAGCAGUAGCAACAACACCAGCAGCAACAGCAGUGGCUGCAACAGAGAGGCCAAAGAGCCAGAUGCAGGAUAUGUGCCGUCCCCUCGCGCCCGAAUCAAAUUUGUCAUUUAAAAAUUAAAAAUAAAAAAAAGUGAAAAGAAAAUGUUAAACCUAAAUUUGUGAAAAGAAAAAUAAAAUUUGAAUAUUGUGAAAAGUGAAUUUGAGUUUUCAUUAGAGAAGAACUAAAGAGUAACAUUUGGCGCCCAACUGAUAAACUCUGAACUCACAAGGAAAAACUGAUCCGAAGUUCUGUGAAAAUUGAGAGAAAACUGAGUUUUCCCUGUGAAGGAACUUCCCAAGUGUAGAAGUGAUUUGUGAAUUUUUUUUUCCAAAUAUAUCUUGUUGCACAGUGUGAAUUUCCCCCAUUUCCCCGAAAUAAUUUUCUACGCACAAGUGAACGGGUGAGUUCCGUGAAAAUUGUGUGGAAAAUUGGGUGAAAGUUUGGAAUUUUUCUUUUCUCAGAGAUCAAGCAGUAUGUGCCCAGCAGCAGUAGCAACAACACCAGCAGCAACAGCAGUGGCUGCAACAGAGAGGCCAAAGAGCCAGAUGCAGGAUAUGUGCCGUCCCCUCGCGCCCGAAUCAAAUUUGUCAUUUAAAAAUUAAAAAUAAAAAAAAGUGAAAAGAAAAUGUUAAACCUAAAUUUGUGAAAAGAAAAAUAAAAUUUGAAUAUUGUGAAAAGUGAA